AUGUGCAAAGCUUUAAUGGCGAUUCUCGCUCAAGUCCCGUAUAACCGUUCUAUCUAUCACCCUCGCCUUUAGAGAAGAAAAUAGCAGGACAACUAACUGUACAGUACACAGAGAAAGAGAGUCAGAAAGAGGGAUAGAUAAAGCUAUAUACGAAGAAGCAAGAGGGCGAAAAAGCGAAGCUACCGCUGCUGCCUGUGAGAGGUAUAAAUCAGAAGGCAGAAGAGGAGGUGGUAGUGAUGGCCUAGGCGCAGGAACUAGAAAGCGAGAACGAAAAGAAAAGGGCGUCAAUAAAAUGCAAGGCCAGAGGAGAGAUAAAGGCCGAGAUAAGCCUGUCGCGGAUGCGCAUCGCGAAUACUUGGACGAGGAGUUUAGCGAGGACGAGGGCACCGAGGAGAAAAGCGAACGACGCGCCGGCCGGGAGGACGGAUUCAGCGGGAAUUUAUCGAGGGCCACGUACGCAGAGAAAGAACUCGACAAAUUAGUGAACUACGUGAAAGACUUCACGAUCUUAAGCGGCCUCAGCGACAAGGAUUGGAACAACCAGUGUAUCGAGACUAUUCGAGAAUUUUUCGAAGCUCCGAAAAAUCCAUGUCUCACAAUAUUCUUCGAGGAUGACACGCUCGCCGCACUAUUGUCUUUCCCGGAGAAGCCCGUGGACGAGUUAACUUACUUCGUUAGGAAGCCCUUCGAGGUAUACAGUGCAGAAGAUUUUCAAAGCAAGAUCCUUUUUGGAAACGUCAACAAUAACGUCGAAGAUUGGAUCCUGACGAUCGUCAACAAUGUUCUAACUCCGAUAUUCGCUAAGGUCAAUGUUUGGCCCGAUAGUAUCCUUUGUAUUGAUUUUCCACGGGGGCACUCGUAAAUUUUUAUAAUUGAAAAUCCGAGCGAACUCGCCUGUGCAGAUCUUUAUUUUAAUACGCUGACAAAACUCAAACAUGAGCCAUAUUGAAAAUUACACGCGAUUCAUAUGUAUGUUUCGAAAUGUAUCGUUAUUCAUAAAAAUUGAAUAAUAUAGACAUAUUAUUACGUUAUGAACAUAUAUAAUAUUUCGAUAUCUGCAAAGCUUAAAAUUAU